AUUCAAUCCACCAUGUGGAAGUCGUCACCACUCAGCAGAACGCGGCAUGCGGUCAGUGCAAGGUCUUGAGGGCACGCUUUCCGGACUCGUUCUGCUCUUUAUCACACCACGCCUCACGCCACAGAACUCAUCGUCCUCCACAACAGAGCCCCCGGGGUCUUAAAGACACUGUCCUCCUUCGACACCGCUGGUUCAUGUCUAGAUAACGCCUCCUGCCCACGCAUCCUUCCAUCCUGUCCGCUUCCAACAAUGCCUCUUAUCCUCGACACCCCCUCAGAGUCCUCGGUGGAGUCGGACUCGGACUUUCAGGAAGAGAGACGAAAAGUACACCACGAUGCGGACGUGGUUAUCGUGGGCGCGGGCAUCGUGGGAUCGUCGUUGGCCGUGGCGUUGGCAAAUCAAGGGCGCAGCGUCAUCCUCCUCGAGAAAUCUUUGAAAGAGCCGGAUCGCAUAGUGGGAGAACUGCUACAACCCGGCGGGGUGCAGGCAUUGACAAAGCUGGGCUUGCGCCAUACGCUCGACGACAUCGACGCGAUUCCGGUCAAGGGAUACACCGUGGUCUACUAUGACGAGCAGGUGCCCAUUCCGUACCCUGUAUCUACAGAUGAAGCACAACACCAGACUCCAGAAAAGCCGGGAAACGUCCAAAGAGCAGAGGGACGGUCAUUCCACCACGGUCGAUUUGUUUCCCGGUUGCGCACAGCCGCCAUGUCACAUCCCAACAUUACCGUCUUUGAGACCGAAGUGACUUCACUCAUAGCGUCUUCCCAUACCGCCGAGAUCCUCGGAGCCGAAUCUAUCACUCAAAAGACACAAAAGGACUACUUCUUUGCAUCACUGACCGUCGUCUGCGACGGGUACGCCUCCAAAUUCCGGAGGUCAUAUAUUUCUCACACGCCCAAGGUCAAGUCAAAAUUUUGGGGGCUAGAACUUAUCGACUGUCCUCUCCCGAUCCCGCAACACGGAACAGUGGUCUUGGGGGAUAAUGCACCUGUACUACUGUAUCAGAUCGGCACCCAUGAGACUCGAGCAUUGGUGGAUAUUCCGGACGGGUUGGCGUCUACGUCGACCGCCAACGGUGGCGUCAAAGGUCAUCUACAGCAUGUCGUGCUCCCAUCUCUACCGGCUAUGGUGCGGCCAUCGUUUCAAGCCGCUCUUGAAAAAGGCAUUCUUCGAAGCAUGCCCAAUUCCUUCCUCCCUCCAACAACCAAUUCAACACCAGGGCUAGCCAUUCUGGGAGACGCCAUGAACAUGCGCCAUCCUUUGACUGGUGGCGGUAUGACGGUCGCUUUGAGCGAUGUCGUCUUACUGUCCGAAUUACUCUCUCCAGCAAAGGUUCCAGAUCUCGCAGAUACCCGGCUCGUCCUCCGGCAGUUCCGCACAUUUCACUGGCGGCGGAAGAACCUGAGCUCCGUGAUCAAUAUCCUGGCUCAAGCAUUGUACUCGCUGUUUGCCGCCGAUGACUGGCAACUCAAGUACCUUCAACGGGGCUGUUUUCGGUAUUUCCAACUGGGCGGCAAAUGCAUUGACGAACCCGUGGGAUUGUUGGCGGGGAUCAUCCCGCAACCUUUUGUGCUGUUUUAUCACUUCUUUAGCGUGGCGUUGCUGAGUAUCUGGGUGCUUAUUCAGGACAACGGGUGGCUUUUGUUCCCGGUUAGUGUGCUCCAGGGGGUGUUGGUGUUUUUGAAGGCCUGCGUGGUCAUUUUCCCGUACAUAUUUGCUGAAUUGAGGCGUUGAAUGAGAGAUCCGACAUUACCCACAACAUUAUUGAGGAGACGGGAGACAGACACCCGAGAGAUCGACCAUGGGAGUAAUGUACAGUUAGAUAGAUAGAUGCUGGUCAGGGCAGUCAGGGACAUGGGGGGAAAGCUUCUUGAAGAGCAUGCUGAUUCUUUUGAUGCUCGGUGAGAAUGAGACGUGUUGCCCGGAGUACAUACACAAUCUUUCCACCUUUGGAGUCCAAUCCUCGCACUCACAACACGGGGCUUUUCCAUCCUUCCAGCCUUGAAUCAAUC